GAGGGAUGGAGCUCCUUGCUCUGUGGAAUGAGGAUCUUUCCAUCUGUGUUCUGGGAUACACUGGAGAGGGGGUUAUAAGUGUGGGGAGAAAAGGGAACCUCUCAGGGGAUUCUUUGAAACUAGUACAGUUUGGAUCCUGAGUCAGAUUCUAACCUCGUAGAUCAUGGCCUCUGUGCACAAAGCCCUGGAAGGUUAAACAGUGCAGGCUCGCCCUCUGAAGCUGGGCUAGAGGUGAGCUGGGCGCUCACCUCUGACCCCCUAGUUACUCUUAACCCUGCUGUGAGGUGUGUUGGCCUUGCAGAAGGGGAGGAACCAUGGAAUCUGUCCUCUGUAGUCUUUCAAUGUAGCUGUCUUGUGGCUGCUUUUUCAAGGAUUCCCUUUCACUGGUGCUUUGGGGGGAGGGACCCUGUGUGUAGAAAAUGAGUUUCUGAGCAGUUGAACAAUAUAACACUCAAAAUUUGUUGCCAGGCGGCAUGAUGAUGCACCCCUGUAAUCCUAGCCCUCAGGAGUCCGAGGCAGGAGGAUUGAGAGUUCGAGGCCAGCCUGUACUACAUAGUGAGACCCUGUUUCAAAAAACAAACAAACAAAAAAAAACUUGUGGUGCAGGACAGGGACCUCAGAUUCAAUUCCAGGCCUCAUGGCAGCUGGCCAGAUCUUAAUUUUUAAGCUGUGGACUAUCGGGGACAGAAAGAAAGGCCAAUUGCAGUUCAGAGUCAGGACUCCUGAAUUUGCUAACUUAUCCUGUGUCCUAGGACUACAUCUCUUUCCAGGAGAGCUGUUUCUCCUAAAUAAGGGGAUGGGAACUAGGGUGCUUUAAGAUUCCCACCCAGUGAAUUCCAUCAAUGCCCCAGCGCCUGCCAAGGCAAAGGUACAGUUUUAGGAGACAGGAAAGGGGCAUCUCUGGAAGGGGUCCAGCAGAGGGCCUGAAAGCAAUUAUGGAGCAGGUAUUCGAAGGAAGCCGCACCAGGGAGCACAUGGUCGGAAUUGGGUUAAUUCCAUUAAGCAGUUUGGUGACAGAAGGUGCUUUAGUGUUAGGAUGGGGCUGGGAAUUGCUGCGGAUUAGCCAUGCGCUCCUGGGGUAAUUAGGACCAUGUGUUCCUCCUAAAACAGGGCUGGAGCCAUGGGGCUGCCAGAGGUUGGGUUGGGAAGAGGUUGAUGAGGAAAAUGUGGGCGUUAAGUUCAGGGAGACCCUGGGAUGGCUUUGGUGUCUCCCAGGAGGGCCGAUGUCUUUGAGCUAGGCAGAAGGCUUAGGUCAUUGAUCCAUCCCUUCCCCAUGUGAAUCCUUUGGGACCGGCAUCUUCCAGACACAGAGCCCAGGGGAGCAAGGCAUACUCAAGCCAGCCAGAUGGUGACUCGAACGAAGAAGAUCUUUGUGGGGGGACUGUCGGUGAACACCACGGUAGAAGAUGUGAAGCAAUAUUUUGAACAAUUUGGGAAGGUGGACGAUGCCAUGCUGAUGUUCGACAAAACCACCAACAGGCACCGAGGGUUCGGGUUUGUCACGUUUGAGAGCGAAGACAUUGUGGAGAAAGUGUGCGAAAUCCAUUUCCAUGAAAUUAACAACAAAAUGGUGGAAUGUAAGAAAGCUCAGCCAAAGGAGGUGAUGUCCCCGACAGGUUCAGCCCGAGGGAGGUCUCGAGUCAUGCCCUACGGAAUGGACGCCUUCAUGCUGGGCAUCGGCAUGCUGGGUUACCCAGGUUUCCAAGCUACGACAUACGCCAGCCGGAGUUACACAGGCCUCGCCCCUGGCUACACCUACCAGUUCCCCGAAUUCCGUGUAGAGCGGACCCCUCUCCCGAGCGCCCCAGUUCUCCCCGAGCUUACAGCCAUUCCUCUCACCGCUUACGGACCGAUGGCGGCAGCGGCGGCAGCAGCAGCUGUAGUUCGAGGGACAGGCUCUCACCCCUGGACGAUGGCUCCCCCUCCAGGUUCGACUCCCAGCCGCACAGGGGGCUUCCUAGGGACCACCAGCCCUGGCCCGAUGGCUGAGCUCUAUGGGGCAGCCAACCAGGACUCAGGGGUCAGCAGUUACAUCAGCGCCGCCAGCCCUGCCCCCAGCACCGGCUUCGGCCACAGUCUUGGGGGUCCCUUGAUUGCCACAGCCUUUACCAACGGGUACCACUGAAGCAGGAGACAGGUGGCAGGAGCGCCCCAGCCUGCAGCUGACUGAGGACCAAGAGUGAGCCAGCGAGGGGGCGGGGACACCUCAGCUGCAGCCUCCGCCCUCCUCCCCGCAGCGACUGGGAUGCUACUGCCUGUCCCCAUCCCUGGGCCCGGCCCCUGCCCUGCCGCCCCACUCUGGCUCCCGUACUAACCGCCCCCUUUUUCUGCCAUUCUCCCCACUCCCCGUGGCCCCUCCCUGCCCGCUUUUAUUUAUUUUGGAUUAGCCGUUGACCCCCACUUCCCUGGAUGUCCCUUCUCGGUCUGUACCCCUUCUCCCUGCCGCCGCCCCAUAGGACCCCCCUCCCCAGAAGGCUUUUGUAUUGUGCAUAGCUAGUGUGAGGGCGGAGGGAGCCUGCUACAGGCCGCAGCCCCAACCCUUGUUUUUUAUUCUGAGAUUCCCGCCUUUACUCUUUCCUUUGUUUUUUGGGUUGUUUUUUGGUUUUUUUUGUUUUUAAGAAACUUUUUUAAACUAUUUCUAGGUUUGUGAAUGUGAAGCCCCAGGCCGCAGGGGGCAAGGGGCCAGGUGCCCCCCACCAGCUGAGAACAAAGUAUCUAUGUAGGUGUGGGCCCCUGGCUGCCUCCCUCCAGCCCUGGAGAGGAGGGCAGGGCUGCGGGUAGGCCAGGCCGAGCCCCUGGAACCAUCCCGUCCUGUAUCAUAUGUAAAUACUAUGAGGUGAAGCCCCCACCCCUCUCUUAAGACCCCUUGGGGAUAGGGGCAUUGCCUCUACCCCACAGGGCAAAGGUCUCCUCAUCUCAUUUCUGUCCCCUACUCAGACACCGUUACUGUAAGCUUGCAGGCCUCGGCUCUGGCCACAGCAGGCCCACUCUCAAGCCCUCGGGAUCACGGCCUCAGGCCUGCUCACCCCCAAAACCCAAUGUGGGGGUAAGGGGCGAGGGAAGAGAAGGGGUUGCCCAGAGCCACUGCUGGAAAGGAAUUAACUCUCCAAAGGUCUCCCCUGCCCCCUGCCUAGGUUGGACCUUCAUGGUUUUCUGCUCCGAGCCCCCCAACUCCUAUGUGGGCAUGGGGGGCCCUCUGGUAAGGAGCAGAUGCCAGGGGAAAGCAAGGGCUUCUCAGGGAACCCCCACAUUCUCUCACUGAAGUUUCCCACCAGGAUGGCCCCAUGGCCAGAGCCCCUUGGCAGCCCCUUACCCCAGAGCCCCCCUCAAAGGAAAAAGAGAGGCUCAGGGUCUGAAUAUGGAGCAUAACCUGGCUGGCAUGGGCAGGGCUGAGCCCACUCACUGUCACCUCAUUCUGUGUCCUCCCCCAGGUCUGAGACUGGGGCCUAAGCUCCCUUCUCCACCCCUUCGAACCACCCUUUGGAGAGUUAAUUGUCUGUGUGAGGUGCUUAACCUAUUAGCCCUGAGAACACAAAGCAAUAAUCUUUGUUACUGAGAUGCACGGCUGUUUGUGUUUUUUUUUUUUUUAUGUUUCCUAAUAAAAGAAAAGCUGCAUUUUAUUGGUUUUUAUUUUUAAUUUUCUACACAUUUGAGCUGAGUCCCAAGAGACUUAGCUUCCCUCUUCCUCCCAUCCCUGGACACUGGGCCCAAUCAUGGACUCAGGGCCCUGGAAUUCUGUUUUCUGAUUUGUUUGGGGAUUCUUUUUUUUUUUUUAAAUCAUGUUCUGUGGUGUUUUGAAGCCAGCAAGUUACCACCCUCCGGUGUCUCUUCUCUCCAUAUCUGUAACUUCUUUUUCCAGCCUUUAUUUUCAGUUUUAAAUUCCUAAUAAAUUAUUUGAAAACGA